AUGCUGUGGAGUCUACUGGCUUUUUGUGAGAUCGCCCAGAGGACCAUAAGCACUGCUUUUCGUAGGUAUUUUGAAAAUAAAGUUCCAGAAAAGCAAAAGCUGUUUCAGGAGGAUAAUGGAAAUCCAGUACAACUAAAGGGUGAAGUAGCUGAUGCCCUCUUGCAAUACUGGGUUGCCAUGGUUCUUAGAGUUGGUGGGACGACAUAUGCCAUAUAUCUGCUGGCCAUGGCUUCCUUUCCCAAGAAGCAAGACUGA